AUGUCAGACGAUCGAAAACGUACUAAAAGAGCUUGUGACCUGUGCAAUCAGAAGCGUGUCAAAUGUGAUGGCGAGCUGCCUGUUUGCCGCCAAUGCCAGCGCUCCGGGUCUAUAUGCUCGUACAACCGUGAGGAGAAGAAGCGAGGUAGGGCCAGUGCCCGCUACCCAAAGACUAUUAUCCGUCGCAAACCUACUAAGCGUGAACUUCAGUUGCGGCUGCGACCAGUUACAAACAGCAUAGAAUUGCCCGAUUUAUCGGAAUGCCGGUACCGUCUUCUCGGGCCUUUCUUAUCGGAAAUCACAGCAUUGGGGAUCUCUGUUCGAUUGGCUUGCGAUCUCUACGAGCAUUACUUCUCACAGCCUCCAUUGUAUUCAAUAGGUCCAAUUUUGAGACCACGGAGAUGGCUUGUGCCAAUGGGCGAAACCGGCCCAACUGCAAAACCAGACCCUGAUCCACGCUACGGAGGCACUACUUUACAAUUGAUUCUCGCCAUUUUGUUGACUAGCCUAUGUGAUAUUGGCCAUCCUUUUUUCCUUGGGGCUAUCAAGAGAGACAUGCUUUCGGCUUGCUACCAACGCAUUCUGGAACUGCUGCCAGUGGAACAGAGCUUGUCGCACACGACAGCCAAAUCCGACCAAUUUGACGAUGUCGUUGUCUUCGCAAUGCUAAGCGGUACGGCUCCAUUGAUCACUCGUCCGCACGAUUCACUGGAGUGGGCCGAGCUUGGAUGCCGUACCGCACUUCGCUUGAGGAUCAACCACGAAUUGCCUCAGCUAGAAUCCAUUUCAGAGGAAGACCGUGAAGAACGCAGACGCGCAUGGUGGUGCCUGGUCGUCACAGCGAACUAUCUCGGCGGAGUUUUCAAUACCCGUCCUGCUGUAGACGAAUCCCAAUCGACUCAGCUCUACCGUCCAUGCGCCCAGGAUCUUUGGAUUGAUUCCAAAGCCGCAUUAAUACCGGCAUCACUUGAUCCAAAGCGUUUGCGUGGGUUAGACCUGGCCAUUCAAGACGGGGUCUACGGCUGGCUGUUGCCGUUUGCAAUUGUCCUCGGCAGAAUUGACUGUUUAGCAGCCGAUCGCUUUGAGAACCCUGACACUCUGGUGGAUCCGAUGGCCCAGUCGCGCUGCAUCCAGCAGCUGGCGAUUCUCGAGUCCACAUUGAUUGCUGCUCAUGAUUCCGGCAGGGUUUGUGAGAUGGACUAUUUGAUGUGCCAACUCUACACCACCAUCACCUACAAUGCUGCGCGUCGUUCAAGACUCUGGGACCCACAGGAGGUUUUUGAACACCCUUUCCCAAUAGACGAACUUGACGACAAGAGCUGGUUGUUUGCUGCUAUUGAUAUUCUCAAUAAGAUUUACACAGCGAACCCCACAAUGCGCGAGCAGUCGCUGACGCGCGGCUUUUUCCUCUUCAUGUUAGGCAUUGAGCUUCUUGCCUGUGUGGAUUCGGUAGCGUCUGUUGCGCUUGCCAAGACGGAGCGUGUUACUCGACUGCGUUUUGCUGCGAACCUCGCGAUGCGCACAAUGGAGAGUCUCAACGCGUACAUCACCACCGAUUAUCUGCGUCUUUUAGUGACAUAUAUGCGAGACUCGUUGCGUGAUCUCGACAACCUUGUACUCCUGAACGACUACGAUGAGGAGUUGGCCAAAAACCGCGCGCGUCGCAAGCAUGGCAUCAGUGUCUUUUCGUGGCGUGAAGGCGGCACAGGUAUUUCCAUCUGA